AUGUCAUUCAAUACCUUAGAGAGGGAGAGAACAUUUAAAAACCCCUCAAAUAAGGGUACAAACUAUCCUGUUCUACAGGAAUUAGUUAAGCCGCACGUAGACAGUUUCAACAUGCUUUUUAAGGAUUCAAACGGUGGAGAAGGUUUAUUAGAUAAAGCAUUGAGAGAUAUACCUUCAAGAGUUAUUAUAGACGAUAAGCAGAGGUUGGAAUUAACAUACACACAACUCACGAUUGCGAAACCAAUGGUACUCGACAAGGAUAAGAACUCUACAGACAGACGUGUCUUCCCAUUUGAGGCUAGAGAGAGAUUAACGACCUACAAAUCUCGUAUGAGCGUAAAAAUACAAGUCAAAGUGAAUGGUGAAAUUAAAUCAGAAUUUAUCAGAGAAUGCGGUUCAGUUCCUGUUAUGGUCAGAUCUGAGAGAUGCAAUCUUCAAAAGAUGACAUCCGCAGAACUCGUUCAAAAGCACGAAGAAUCUGACGAAAUGGGUGGUUACUUUAUUAUCAACGGUAAUGAAAAACUGAUGAGAUUACUCGUCGUACCAAGAAGACAUUACGUAACUUCAAUUAUCAGACCUAGUUUCGCUAAUAGAGGUCCAACAUACACUGAAUACGGUGUACAAAUUCGUUGCGUUAGACCUGAUCAAACCGCCGCAACAAACACCAUGCAUUACCUCAGUAACGGCGGUGCAACACUCAGAUUUGCCUGGAGAAAGAACGAGUACAUGAUUCCAGUCGUAAUGGUAUUAAAAGCACUCAGUUCUGCUUCUGAUAGAGAUAUUUUCGAAGGUAUCAUUCAAAAGGACUACGAUAACACUUUCUUAACUGAUAGAGUUGAGUUGUUAUUGAGAGGUUUCAAGCCAUUCAAAUUAUACACCAGAGAACAAUGUUUGCACUUCUUAGGCUCAAAGUUCAGAGUAGUUUUAGGUUGCCCAGAAGAUUGGACUGAUAUUCAAGUUGGUCAAUACCUCAUUGAUAGGUGUAUCUUGGUUCAUCUCCAAUCUCCUCAAGAUAAAUACAGAAUGUUGCUUUAUAUGUUACAAAAGCUUUAUUCAUUAGUUAGUGGUGAAAGUUGUCCUGAUAAUCCAGAUUCUCCUCAACUUCACGAAGUACUCAUGCCUGGUUUCUUAUAUGGACAGAUCAUCAAGGAGAAGUUAGAUGAGUGUCUUAUCGCAGCAACUGCUCAAAUUAGACAAGAUCUUAGACGACAAGUAAGCUCAGCCAACGUCAGCGAUGAUAAAUAUGUCAACAAGGUUAUACAAAGGACUAACUUUGAUAUCGGUCAAAAGCUCAAUUACUUCUUAGCAACUGGUAACCUAGUUUCACCUUCUGGUCUAGAUUUGCAACAAGCUACUGGUUUCACAAUUAUGGCAGAAAAGCUUAACUUUUAUAGAUAUCUCGCACACUUUAGGUGUAUACAUAGAGGUGCUUUCUUUGCAGAAUUAAAGACAACAGCUGUUAGAAAGCUUCUGCCCGAAGCUUGGGGUUUCUUGUGUCCUGUACACACUCCAGAUGGUGCACCAUGUGGUUUGCUCAAUCACCUUUCAAGGUCAUGUAAAGUUACAACAGAGAACUUAGAGGAGAGCGCUUCAAAUAUUCCAUCGUUAUUGUCUAGUUUGGGUAUGAUUCAACCAUUUGUAAACACAGUAGACAGAAGAAAUAGCGUUGCAAUUCAAUUAGAUGGUAGAAUCAUCGGUUGGGCUUCAACAGAAGAUGUUAAACAUAUGGCUGAGGCUUUACGUAUUUGGAAGACAGAGAAGCUUCACGAUGUACCAUUAAACUUGGAAAUUGGUUUGGUACCUUCAUCGAAAGGUGGACAAUACCCUGGAUUAUACUUGUUCACUUCAAGAGCUAGAAUGAUGAGACCUGUCAAGUACCUCGCUAAUGGUAAAUUAGAUCAUCUCGGUUCAUUCGAGCAAGUUUACAUGGAUGUAGCAUGUGUACCAAAAGAAAUUGAAAAGGGAAUUUCUACACACGUUGAAUACACACCAACAAACGUUUUAUCAGUAGUCGCAAAUAUGACUCCAUUCUCAGAUUUCAACCAAUCACCAAGAAAUAUGUACCAAUGUCAAAUGGCUAAACAAACUAUGGGUACACCUUCAACUGCAAUCAUGAGAAGAACCGAUAAUAAGUUGUAUAGAAUACAAAAUGGUCAAACGCCAAUAGUCAGACCAAAAUUACACGCUCAUUACGGUAUGGAUAACUUCCCACAAGGUGCAAAUGCCAUUGUCGCCGUACUUUCAUACACAGGUUAUGAUAUGGAAGAUGCUAUGAUUAUCAACAAAUCAGCACAUGAGAGAGGUUUCGGUUAUGGUACUGUAUACAAAUCGCAAAUUGUAGACUUGCGCGAAAUGAGAGGAGCAUCAAAAUCAAGAUCAGCACCAACUCUACACUUCGGUUUGGGUGUUGACGCAAAGCAAGAAUGGAGAGAAACUUUAGAUGAUGAUGGUAUCAUUCCAUCAGGAGUUAAAGUAACAUCUGGUGAUCCAAUUUGCGCCUACAUAGAUGAAACUACCGGCAGAACAAUGGUAGAAAAAUACAAAGGAGAUGAAGAUGCCUACAUCGACGAAAUUCGUCUCUUAGGCUCUGAUGGUGGUGAUACUGAACUUCAAAAGAUCCACUUCAAGAUACGUAUACCUAGAUCUCCAGUUGUUGGUGACAAGUUCAGUUCUAGACACGGACAAAAGGGUGUUAUGUCACAAAGAUGGAAAAAGAUUGAUUUACCAUUCUCAGAAUCUGGAUUACAACCUGAUGUUAUUAUCAACCCACACGCUUUCCCAUCUAGAAUGACUAUCGGUAUGUUUGUUGAGUCUAUAGCAGGUAAAGCUGGUGCUCUCCACGGUUUGGCACAAGAUGGUACACCAUUCAACUUCAAUGAAAAAGAUACGCCUGUUGAAUACUUCGGUGAACAAUUAAAGUCCGCUGGUUACAACUAUCAUGGAAAUGAGCCAAUGUAUUCCGGUGUAACUGGUGAAGAGUUCCCUGCAGACAUCUACAUUGGAUGUGUAUACUAUCAAAGAUUGAGACACAUGGUUAAUGACAAGUAUCAAGUUAGAACAUUAGGUCCUGUUGAUCAACUCACUCGUCAACCAAUUAAGGGUCGUAAACGUCAUGGUGGUAUUAGAUUAGGAGAAAUGGAAAGAGAUGCGCUUAUCGCUCACGGUACAUCAUUCUUGUUGCAAGAUAGAUUGAUGAACUGCUCAGAUUACUCAACUACAUGGGUAUGUAGAGAUUGUGGUAGCUUGAUCUCACUCGGAUACACCGACGAGAGAGAUAUGGCAGCUUCACAACUCCCACAAGGACCAACUGGAGAAUACUGUCGUGUAUGUCGUCAAGCACAAUUAGAGAAAGAUCAAGGAGAGCUUGACGGUGAAGUCAGACAAGUUGAACGUAAGGGUGAUAUAAUAUUACCAUUAUCUAAGGAUUUGAAUAUUGGUAAAGGUGGAAAUAUGGACGUCGUUGCCGUACCAUACGUAUUGAGAUAUUUGGCUUCAGAGUUAGCCUGUAUGGGUAUUAGAAUGUCGGUUGAAUUAUCAUAAAUUAGAUUAUUAUUUAUAAAUGCAUACAUAUAUACUUUUAAUUGCG